AUGACGCGGAGCGAUUCAUUCAUGAAAAAUCAGGAGCAAAUUAACAAAAACAACGAGCUCCAGUUCAAGAAUCAGCAGGCCGCCCUCCUCGAUCUCCAGAGGACAGUAGGCGGGCUUGCUAAGCAGUUACAGGAACACCCACCGGGUCAUUUUUCGGGAAACACUUUCCCAAAUCCCGCGAAUCAUUCUGUUAAAGCAAUUACGAUCCGUAGUGGGAAGAGUUUGGGAGAGGUUGUGAGAGAGAGAGAGGGUGAAGAAGUAGAGGAGGAAGUCGAUGAGGAGAUCGAGAUGGAGACUCCGGGUAAGGUGCAACAUAGGCUAGACCCAGCAAAUACCGCACACGCCAAGGAGUCACCAGUAGAGAAGAAAGAGGAGAAGCAGCCGAAGAAGGUUCGACCGCCACCACCUGUGAUUGAUAUUUCUCGUCUUCCGUUUCCCGCUCGUGCUAGGCAGCAGUUAUUUUCUAGGGAGUAUGAGAAAUUUCUUGAGAUGUUCACCCAGCUGAAGGUGAACCUUCCGUUCAUAGAGGCUUUGAGAUCCAUGCCUAAGUACGCUAAGUUCCUUAAGGAUUUUCUUAAGCGUAAGGAUAAGGUAGGUGAGAGUUCUAGUAAUCCGUUGAGUGGAGAGGUUUCUGCUGUGAUCCUAAAUAAACUCCCUGAGAAACUCACCGAUCCUGGCAUUUUCACGAUUCCUUGUUUGUUCGGUGGUGAUGUUAAAAACCACGCGUUGGCGGACCUUGGUGCUAGUAUUAAUUUGAUGCCAUAUUCAUUUUACGAAAAACUAGGCCUUGGUGAUCUGAAGUCAACACGUAUGACCCUCUCGUUAGCCGAUAAGUCAGUGAAGUAUCCUAGAGGGGUUGUAGAGAAUUUGUUAGUAAAAGUGGAUAAGUUUGUGUUUCCGGCUGAUUUUGUAGUGCUAGAUAUGGAGGCCGAUGAUAGAGUUCCGUUGAUUUUAGGGCGCCCAUUCUUGAACACGGCUAAAGCAUUGAUAGAUGUCUUCUUAGGCACAAUUACACUUAGAGCGGGUGAGGAGUCGGUAGUCUUUGACGUGAAUAAUACGAGAGGGUCGAGUGAGAGAGUUGAGGCGAUAGCAUCGGUAGAUGAGUGUGAGAAGAAUGAGAGAGGUGAGAAUAAGGUGGUAAGUGAGCCGAGCUUAGAAAAGGUGUUAAAACCCAAGUGUGGGGAUCCACCUGAUAGGAGAGUCGAAGAGUUGGAAGAGAGAGUGAGUACAUUAGAAUUCAAGAUAGAGAAACUGAGCAAGGCUCAGUGUGGGGAUAGGUAUAGAGAUGAUAUGUUUAGAUUCACACCGUUUGAUGACGAAUUGAAGGAGGUUGAGAGAUGUAGGAGAGAUACGGGUGAUACGAGAGAUCGUAGUGCUAAGGCCCGUAAGAGUUGGUUUGGAGGUGAGCUCCGCCUAUUUGAUCCUCCGUAA